GAAUGAAGUGCUGUAAUGAUGUGUGUUGUGUUUGUGUAGGUGGUGAGAUGUUCCGCAGUGCGCUGGGGAAGACCCUGGGCUUCGUGGGAUACACCAUCCAGUACGGCUGCGUCGCCCACUGUGCCUUUGAGUACAUCGGAGAGUUUGUUGCGUGCUCUGGUCCUUCUAUGGAGCCCACCAUCACAAGCCACGACGUUGUCUUCUCAGAACGGUUGAGUCGCCAUCUCUGCAGAAUCGAGAAUGGUGAUAUAGUCAUCGCUAAGAGUCCAUUUGAUCCACAUAUGAACAUCUGUAAAAGAGUCAUCGGUUUGGAGGGAGACAAAGUCUGCACCAGUGGCCCCUCGGAUGUCUUCAAGACCCACCAAUACGUUCUUUCCUCCCACAUUGAUGAUGAGGCGAUGGACAAAUUGGCUUGUCACCUCCUAGGAGUCUUUUCUACAGUAUGUCUGCUGCAUUGUCACAACAAAGACAUUUGAUCCAUGAUAUGAUGGUGGGUGUCUUUGAGAGAGACAGAGGGGGAGAGAGAGCCUUCAGAGUCUAAAGCUAUCCCCUCCAUGUUAGACAAAACACAGUACCUCAAUGAUAUUAGUCUAAUGAUCAGAGCAGGGUGAGGCCUUAAACAGCACUACCUCAAUCAUGUUAGCUUAAUGAGCGACUCAGGGUGAGGCCUUAAACAGCACUACCUCAAUCAUGUUAUCUUAAUGAGCGAAGCAGCGUGAGGCCUUAAACAGCACUACCUCAAUCAUGUUAUCUUAAUGAGCGACUCAGGGUGAGGCCUUAAACAGCACUACCUCAAUCAUGUUAUCUUAAUGAGUGACGCAUGGUGAGGCCUUAAACAGCACUACCUCAAUCAUGUUAGCUUAAU